CACCACACCCAGGCUGCCCCCUCCCGCCAGGCCUGCCGGACCCGGCGCGUCUUCUCCCUGCCACCCGCGGUCGCCUCGGGCGGGGAUCGGUGCCCCGGAGCGCAAAGCCUGACGCGCCCCCCUUUCUCGUCCCCCACCCCCGCCGCCCAGUCCCCGGCGGCGAUGAGACAGAGCGGCGCCUCCCAGCCCCUGCUGAUCAACAUGUACCUGCCAGAUCCCGUCGGAGACGGUCUCUUCAAGGAAGGGAAGAGCCCUGGUUGGGGGCCGCUGAGUCCCGCGGUACAGAAAGGCAGCGGGCAGAUCCAGCUGUGGCAGUUCCUGCUGGAGCUGCUGGCCGACCGCGCCAACGCCGGCUGCAUCGCGUGGGAGGGCGGCCACGGCGAGUUCAAGCUCACCGACCCCGACGAGGUGGCGCGGCGCUGGGGCGAGCGCAAGAGCAAGCCCAACAUGAACUACGACAAGCUCAGCCGCGCGCUGCGCUACUACUACGACAAGAACAUCAUGAGCAAGGUGCACGGCAAGCGCUACGCCUACCGCUUCGACUUCCAGGGCCUGGCGCAGGCCUGCCAGCCGCCCCCCGCGCACGCCCACGCCGCCGCGGCCGCGGCCGCCGCGGCAGCCGCCCAGGACGGCGCGCUCUACAAGCUGCCCGCCGGCCUGGCCCCGCUGCCCUUCCCCGGCCUCUCCAAGCUCAACCUCAUGGCCGCCUCGGCGGGCGUCGCGCCCGCCGGCUUCUCCUACUGGCCCGGCCCGGGCCCCGCCGCCACGGCGGCCGCCACCGCUGCGCUGUACCCCAGCCCCGGCUUGCAGCCCCCGCCCGGGCCUUUCGGCGCCGUGGCCGCCGCCUCGCACUUGGGGGUCACUACCACUAGACGGGCGGCCCCGACCCCAGACGGAACCCGGCCCCGGCCUGCGCGCGUCCGGAGAGCGGGCCGAGCCGCCCCCACCGGUUCUUUGACCUCGGAUUCUGCUCCCCCGCGGCGCCCAGCCCGGGGGGGAGGGUCAUAA